GGUGGAAUGGAGGGAGUAUCAAUUUAAAUCGUGUUCAACACGGAGCGUGCGGGAACGCAGUCAGCAAUAAUGCAAUCGCUGUCAUCCUGUAUUAUUUGUCAAACCUCUCUCACCACAAUUUCCUCUGCCUGCGGUCAGAGGCCCAUAGCCAAGCCAGGGGCGGCAAUGGAGAGCAACAGCAGCACCUGCGCCAUCUGCAACGGCGACAUGUGCCGUGGCGGUGGCGGCGGCAGCGGCUUCACGGCCGAUUGCUCCCACCAGUUCCACUACCGCUGUGUCUCCGGGAGCCUCGCCAGCAGCCGCCAAGCCUGCCCGCUCUGCAGCGCGCGAUGCCGCGACCUGCCGUCCUUCCGCUCCUCCAAGAGCUCCACGCCGUCACAGCCGCCGCCAGCGUCGCGCGCGCCGGCACAGCCGUUCUUCCGGCCCAUGGAGCCACGCGUCUUUGACGACGACGACCCGGUGCUCCGGGCGCCUCGGCCUCUCGGCGACCGGCAGUAUGGUGCCGCGAGUGCGACGUCCAGCGGGUCAUUGGCGGUGGCGCUCAGCACGCACUGCGAGUACUCGUCUCUGGCACGGGACGCGCCCCACGAGAACUUCGCCGUGCUCGUGCACGCCAGGGCUCCGGGGACUAGUGGCGCCGCCACCGGAGGGGCCCCGCCGCGCGCGCGGGCGCCAAUCGACCUGGUGACCGUGCUCGACGUAAGCGGCAGCAUGGUGGGGAGCAAGCUGGCGCUGCUGAAGCAGGCCAUGGGCUUCGUCGUCGACAGCCUCGGCCCUGCGGACCGCCUCUGCGUCGUGUCCUUCUCGUCCGGCGCCAACCGCUUGAUGCGGCUCGCGCGCAUGUCGGAGUCGGACGGCGGGAAGGACCUGGCGAAGCGCGCCGUGCAGUCCCUCGCGGCGGGCGGCGGCACUAACAUCGGAGCCGCCCUGCGCAAGGCCGCCAAGGUGCUGGACGACCGCCUCCACAGGAACGCCGUCGCGAGCGUGAUACUUCUGUCGGACGGGCAGGACACGUACACCGUGCCCAGGCGCGGCCGUGACGCCAACUACGACGCGCUCGUGCCUCCUUCCUUCAUGUACACCGGAGCCGGCAACCGGUCCGCGCCUGUCCACACGUUUGGGUUCGGCACCGACCACGACGCGGCGGCGAUGCAUACCAUCGCCGAGGCCACCGGCGGCACGUUCUCGUUCAUCGAGAACGAGGCGGACAUCCAGGACGCAUUCGCUCAAUGCAUCGGGGGGCUCCUCUCGGUCGCCGUGCAGGAAUUGCGCGUUGACAUCGCGUGCCCGCAAUCGGGGGUGCGCGUCCGGUCGGUCAACUCUGGUUGCUACAGGAGCCACAUCAACGUGGAUGGCCGCUCCGCCUCCAUCGACGUCGGCGAGCUGUACGCCGACGAGGAGAGGCGCUUCUUGCUGCUCAUGGACGUGCCGAGGGCCCGAUCCACCACGGAUGUCACCCACCUGAUGCAAGUCAGCUGCGCUUACCGAGACAUGGUGACUGGACGGCCAACGAACGUGGACGGCGAGGACGCACUGGUGCUGAGGCCCUCGUGGGCGGUGAGCCUGGAGCGCUGCGCGGAGGUCGAGCGGGAGCGCGUCCGGUUGGCGGCGACGGACGGCAUCGCCGCGGCUCGUGCGGCGGCAGAGCGGGGCGCUCACGAGGAGGCGGCCGAGAUACUCCAGAGCGGGCAGCGAGCCGUGGCGCGCUCCGCGGCGGCCCGAGCGGGGGACUCCAUGUGCGUAGAGUUGUCCCGAGAUCUACAGGAGAUGAGCACCCGCGUGGCGGACCGGCGGCGGUACGAGCUGUCCGGGCGCGCGUACAUGCUGGCAGGGCUGAGCUCGCACGCGCAGCAGCGUGCGACAUCGCGGCAGAUGUCUGGCGACAGCGGGACGACGCGCCGCAGGGCAGAGGCGGACCUUGGCACGACGGUAAUAUCUACGACGGGCGCCACGGCGUCGUACUCGUACGUGACGCCGGCGAUGAUGGACAUGCUGGACCGAUCGCGGAGAUCGCGGGAAAUGACGGCGCUGUCGCAGCAGAGGAGUAAGGAGCGGCGAAGGAGCGCACACUACUGAACCCACCGAGGUAGAGGAUCAGGAUUGACCUUUGAUCGGAGAGCUUCUCUCUACAGUCCACAAACUUUGAUUGCAUGUGAUUCUUUCGUUCACAAACUUAAAAAAAGAUACUAGUAUAUAUAAUAAUGAAGUAUACAAAUUUGACCCGAUGGGGCGAAAUAUGCACUGGCAAUCAGAGCAUCGGCGAUCUUUGAUGGUUGGAGUGAUGACGGUGAUGAUUGGGCGUCGUUCCCAUUUCAAGAGGUGUUGUUGCCCAAGAAUCUCCCUCAUUGUCUUUUUCGAUGCCAAGAAAUGGUUAGUGCGGAGGUUCGUUGUUGUAGUUCGUCAACCACUGUAUUGAUUUCUUCGGAGGUUUUUUUAUGUGUGUAGGCAGAGCUUCGAUCUUGUAUGGUUCGCUCUUUGCGGGCUUAAUUUUUUGUUGUGUGCGCAUUUUUGUUGGUUGUGCGAAUCUUCGUCAUGUAGAAGUUGGAUACGUGUUUACUGUGUUUAUAUCCCCUUUCUUGAUUUUGAUUUUGAGUCAAUAAAAUCUAUUCAUCAG